AUGCAUUCGUGGGACCAAAUCGUGCAACUGAUCGCGGCGGGCGAACUGCAGCUGCUCCAGCGAACAGCCCAGACUACCGAGAGGUACCACAAGUACAAGCAAGAACUGCUACAGCGGAACACCACGGUCGUCGAUGUGGUGGUCGACGAAAAACUACAAUGGGACCGCGAGCUGCUUCGCCAGCUGGCCCUCCAGCACCAAGACACGCCCACGGCGAUCCUAUCCAGUCCCACGCUAUACACUUUGCUUCCCAAUGACUUCCCUUACGACUUCCCUUCGGAAGUGCAUCAUUUGGUUUUGUGGAGCAAGCUCCCAAUCCCGCUGUACGUGGCCAAUUCCCGGCAGCAGGUGCCAGCCGUCCGAGACCUCAUCGAGCGCUUCUUGCGCACGAAUCUCGAACGGUACCGCGUACGCACUUAUGCCUGGUUUAUCAACUACCCACACUUGCAGAGUGUUAAGACCAUCUCGCAUAUCCACCUCCUCGUCAAUUCCCCCGACGUGAAUUGCAUCACUGAAAUGCUAGAAAGCGGUUUCCGCCCGGUUGAAGACGGUAAAUAA